GACAAGGAAUGCAAGCUAGAAUGCGAAGAGGCCCCUUCAAUGUAGCCUCACAGAGCAAACGCACGGACAAUGGAGUGCGGCAGAAUGGAUGCUUGAUCCGGGAGAGGCAUGACAGCAAUGUAUGCAAGGAGCAAUGGAGGCAGCCGAGGCGCAGGCGAGCAGCGCUGAGGCGGGCGUUCCCCGCUCGCCGGCGCAAGUGGUUCCUAAGAUGCAGGACUUUGCGACAGGCACUGCACUGCUAGAUCCUAGGCUUGUCAGCAGUGAGAACAAUGAAGCGGUUGCUGAGGAAAAGCUUCUGGAUGCCAUUCCUAGAGCCGCUGCAGGAAGUCCUGAAGAUGCUGCUGGCAGUGAACCUGCUAUGCCUGACCGCUCUGUACGUGCAGAGCAACAAGCCCCCCCUGAUCGUCAGCAUGCUGCUGGCAGCCGCGCUUCUGACGGCUCCUCUGUAUCUCCGCUUCCUAGUGACUCAAGUCACGGCGAACUCCCUGCCUCGGAGGCAUCGGGAGAGUUCCAAGGGGGACCGGAGAGCCAAGCAGAGGCGGGAGGAGAGGCGCAGGACGGAGCGCUGAGGGGGGGCGCUGUCACUUGCAGUUUCACGGUCCUGCCUGAGGGCUACCGGCACCGAUUGGUGACACAGUCAGGGAUGAGCAUAGGAGAAGUCUUACAGCAGAUUGCGCAGGAACUGAGUGUCCCAGCAUUUGUACUCCAAGCGCAGCAGGCAGGCCAGGACUUGAGACCUGAGCAGGUUUUGGGGGCCCUGCUCAAGGAAGCAGAUCAGGCAGAUGCAGAGAUGAGCAACAACUGUCUAGAGUUGGAGCUACUGCUUGACUUCUCCAGGAGCGACCCACACUUAGAAGCAGAAGGCGGAAAUCCUGACGCACAGGAGGGAGCAAGGCAGGAGCAAGCAAGGCGUGCGGCAAUGCAGAUAGAACGAUGCACAACAAAGCAGCCUUUCCUGGGGGGCUACAGGAAUAAGCAGACCGGUGUUGAGUACCUGAAUGCAGCGGCGCAGUGCGAACGUCCUUCAGUCAUGUCUGCCUCUGAGCGCAAGCUGAGCCGCGACACUCAGACGUACGAUCAGAAGCAUGUGGCACUGCAGAGUAUCAAGGAGGCAGCAACUCAGAUGGCGCGUAGUGACCUUAUGCUGGAUGAAAGCAGGGACAGGGUGGUUCUCCCAAGGGCUUAUGAAGACUCUGAGCACUGGGAGAGGAGGAGGGACCAUGCGGUCAUUAUGUUGCAGCGCUACUGGAGGGGGUGGCUGGCGAGGAGGAGGGCAGGGGAGCUGCGCGAGAGGGAAGAGGAGAAGCAACAUUUUCUGCAGGAGGAACAGCAGCGGCGCCGGCAGGCGGCCGAGGCUUUCCGGCGGGGCGAGAUCGAGCGGCGCCUGCAGCCCCGAACGGCCGCCGACUUUGACAUCCUGUACAGCGAGCUCGAGGCGUGGCGCAUGCAGGAGACGCGCAAGAUCAAGGAGAGCGUAUCGGAGGAGGAGGCGCGAAAGCCGGCGCUUCGACAGCUGCUGCACAAGGAAACGAAGCUGCUGCAGACGAUCGACCGGCUGAAGCUGGCGGCAGGGAAGGAGAACCGGAGCACGCGCAUUGCGCGCUCGCUCGCGAGCAUGGCCGCGCCCAAGCAGUGGGAGCUGCGCGACGGCAACAAGGUCGAGGUGCAGACGCCGCUCACCGUGCGCGCCGCCGAGCUGAUGCAGCUGUACCAGGGGCUGCGGCUGCGCGCGCUGCGUCCGGAGCAGCGGCUGGACGUGGUGCGGCACGUGCAGUGGACGGUGCGCGAGUUCGACUGCGCGCUCACGCGCGAGCUGCUGCAGCUGCUGGCGCGCGAGGAGGAUCUGCUGCAGCGCGGGCGGCCCGCCAGCACGCUCGAGGGCCUGCGGCGCCGCAUUGCCAACCUCUUCCUGCAGUUUGUGGAGACGCCCGAGUUCAAUCCCGAAGCGGAGCGGUACCGCAUCGCCGUUCCGGACUUUGAUGCUUAUCAGAACCAGGACCCCACGCGCAGAAACGUGCGUCCAUCCGAGGUUGUAUUGUAGCAGAUUAAUCUGACCAAUUGCUCCCAUCAUCCAAUCUGGGGGGUCAUUGCGUACUUGCUUAAAAUCGUCUGCAUUAUAAGUUGGAUAAUGUAGAUGGCGGUGUAGAUACUUACCUAAUGGCAGAGUUAUAGAUAGCUCAAUGAUGACAGGUUACCCGUACGACGUGGUACCUCCAUACGUUGUUGAAACGGCCCAGCUCUCGCAGACAUCACAACCGAAGCACCAGUAUUAAGUUAGCUGCAAGCAUUAAAUAGUUGCAAAUACUUGCAAACAAGCAGUCAAAGCUUCCAAAACACGUAUGACCGGUAUUUGCAUGCACAGUGCAUAAUGGGGGCACUAAAUUCUGAAUUCAAGCGCCUGUG